ACAGACAGGAGUCACAGGACACAGGAAAGCACCGCACCCGAGAAAAUAAAGCUUCACAGAGUGGUCGAAACUCUUGAGUGCCCUAAAAAUAGUGGAUAAACCCAAACUUGUUUUUGUUUUUCAUUUCGUUAACCAAAAUUUGAAAGGAUUCGCUAUACGAUCCUCAUCCUUCCAUUUGGGUCUCCCUUAAAUUCCUCCAAAAGCUUCUUUCUUUCUUGUCGGGGUUCCUCAGUUGGCAAGUCUAUGAGAGAGUUCUAUGGCAAUGUCACUUGCACCGAUUGGAAGUUUGGCAUCACUGAGCAGUGAUGUCUACUAUGAUAUAUUAAGGCGUCUUGAUGGUCCAACUUUGGCAAGUGCAUCCUGUGCUUGUGCAUCAUUCUUUUCCAUAUCAAAAGAAGAGAAAUUAUGGGAAAAUAUGUGCUCUUCUAUGUGGCCUUCGACCAAUCGGCAAGAUGUCAAAAGCUUAAUCUCAUCCAUUGGUGGAUUCAGAAAGUUCUAUGCAGAUUGUUUUCCCCUUAUUGUAAACAAAGAAGUCUCUGAGAACAAAUGGAACAACUAUCCCGAGUACUCUGAAGAAUGGACUGAGGCUGAAUACUACGGUGACAUGGAUGAAUUUGAAAGUAUUUUGCCCUCCGAUUUUAUUUCUAUCGUGGAUAUUAGGUACAAGGAGAAAACGAUAUGCUCAAAAGUUCUUUGGGGCAUUCCAAAUGCAAAUGGCUAUGACGGUUGGUUUUACAAUUGCCCAUUUCGGAUUGAUCUUCUAACUUAUGCAGCUAGAGAUGAUGAAAAUGAUGGUGAGGUUACCCUUUCUGUUUCUGAUGGUCUGCCACAAAUUGCAUCGAUAGAAAGAGAGAGGAAAGAUGGGAAGCUAUGGCUGGAGCUCUGCAAUGGAUUCCAGCUUAGCUGGAUUGUUGUAAAUAGUAGAAUAAAGCAAGCUGCUAAUCUUGCUAGCUGGAGCCCUCUUGGUGGGCAAAGGCAUUGGCCAACGGACAAGGAUUUUGUGUUACGCUUUGGAUCUGUCCUUCCUGCCAAAGACGUUCUUCCAUGUCAAGUUGUUGAAUGCAUCCUUAGUAUGAAACUCAGAGUGACCCAUACUGAAGGAGAUGGCGUCCAGACAACUCUCAAACUAACAGAGCUGAGCAUGCAAUUGGAAGACAUGGAAGGUGCUCAUGUUAAUGGAAGAAACAGUUUGCUUAUCCUGAAGGAAGCAUUGAGCUGCCACAGGAGCAAAAAUUAUAGUGAAGUUCUCGAGUCUUGUCAUUUGUACUCAAAAGUGCAGAGUGAGUUGAAAGAGGAGAAGAUGAGAAAUGAAAGCAGGUUCGAGAGACUAUGUAUCCUAGGUGGCAUUGGUGCGUUCAUGAUGUUCUGGUACUGUAUAUUAUAAAUGGAUCUGCCCCCUUCAUUUUAUCACUUUUAGCUGAAAAUGCUCAAGUUUUUAAUUCUUCUGAUGUAAUAUUCAAUUUUCCUCCAGCUAAUAAUCGAUCUCAUCUUCUUA